CCCAAUACUUUAAAUGUCAUAUCAUAUCAUCAUAUAGCAUUCAACUGAUAAUAUGCUGCCGCUCAGAUAUGAUACUAAUAUACAUAUAUAUGUGUGUCUAUAUUUAUAUAUUUUUAUUGAUAUAUAUUUAUAUAUAUACAUAAUUAAUCACGCUCCACCAUUUGAAAUGUUGAUAAGGCGCAAGUUCUAUUUAUCGUGACUGGCUCUAGACACUUUACCAUUAUAGAACAGUUACUUGUUCCGUGUCGAACAUAAAUCGUCGUCGAUUUAGUUUAAGCUCUCAGUCAUGGCCGUCGAUGUCGCCCUAUAUCUUGUUUAUUUUAUUUCACUUGUCAUUUUGCUGAUUCUCUUGCGCGUAAGUUGUGGAGUUCCCUUCAGUCCCCUUCAUACCUUCAGUGUGUUCACCUUUCGCCUCUUGCAGUUGUGCCUUAUGUGUGCUAGGCGUAAGCCAGUUGUCACACCGCCACCGCCCGUGAAUGGGCGUGGCCCGCCACGUGUGCUCAGACAAAUACGCAUCGAUCCAUCCGGCACGGCGACCGAUAUUACCGCAGGUUUUCGACGUGGUGAAUUCCAAUCCCGAGCCAGAAGAGCUAUAUCAGGAAACAGUUUAAUCUAGUAGUAUAGAGUUGGACUUCUCUGCAGUCUUCUCAGUUUCUUUAAUGUUAAUAUAAAUAGGUGGAACAGUUACUCAAUAGAUUCAUUAAGCAAAUUGAAAGUACAACAGAAUGUUCUCUUCAAAGUAAUCCCAAAUAUACUUUUCAAGCUAUGCUUAAAUAUAUCUCUCAUUGAAAUGUGAAAUUUAUUCUUAUAUUCAAAUGUAUUAAGCAUUCUUGACUGUACGAUACUAUGUUUAGAAAAGUUAACAGUUAAAUGUAUUUUUUCAAAUACUCUUGAUAGAACCGCUUAAGGUAUUUUUUUAAUGUAGCUUUAAAUGACUCUUGACUAUACCCAAAUUUUCUUUUUAAGGAUUAUUCAGUAUACUCUUCAAAAUAUACCCUUUAAGGUAUUCUUGAAUAUGCGCUCCACUCUACAUAAUGUACACUAAAAUAUAUUUAUAUAGCUAGACUUAUAUGUAAAAUUUACUUUUCAAUGUACAUUUUGAGCUACGUUUAAUGUACCCUUUCGCUCAGGUCGAACAUAGUAUACUAUAUUAGCAAUAUCUGGCCAUUAUAAAUUUAUAAAAAAAAAGAUUAAGACUCCCGUCUCAAUUUCCGGUUGUGAUAGGCAAUAAUCGCUCAUUCUGCUUCGCGUUCGUUCAGUGUGAAGCUUCAUCGAUAAAUUAAGUUAAAACAUAUAGUAUUUCCUAGGUGAGCAGCUGUCGCUCUGUUCUGCACCUUUGACAUUGAAAUCUUACGAAUUCCCCACGACAUUUAAAUUUUGUGGAGCAUGUGAAAAAUGUUGGUAGUGAAAUAAUGGAAUAUAAUUGCUUUACGCUGCCCGCUUAAGUGGCUUGUCCGUAAUAGAUUUAUUACAGUGUUUUUGGUUUUUUUUUUUGUUUUAGUUGCUGCUUUGUUUAUGCUUGUGUAAUAAUUAAUUAGCUUGUGUCUCACACAAUAUAAAUUCACACACACACAUAAACACACACUGAAUUAAUUUACAAUUGUUUGAAUGCUUCCGCGCUUGGCGGGAUUUCAACUUUGUCAAAAUUUAUGAACGUCCAUAUUUGUGAUGUAUUCUUAGACAUUUAACCGUCUGCAACUGCGAGUGCACGAAGCUCCAUGCAAUGAUGCAAAUCUUAUCUAAUCAGAGUGAACCAGACUCUUAUCAGACACUGCGGAACCCUCAACUGGAAGCACAACCUAUAUAUUUGCCACCUGCCUUGGAAUAGUGGCACUCUCUCUCUCUCUCUCGCUCUCUCACUCUCACUCUCAUUCUUGUUCUCUCUUUGUGGGUGUAUAGGAGCUGAUAAGAUGCUCCAAAGAAUCGCAGAGCAUGAAAAUACAAACAGUUUGCCAACGGCGUCUGCGUGAACCGAUGUGAUUGAGUCCAUAAAAGUUGUUCCAUUUUGGCAAUUUUAAAAUUUAACGCUAAAAUGU